UUCCCGCUAUAAUGUGGUAGACAUGAGACCGCGCCGUCCUGUGAAACGUUUCCCAAAUCUCUACUUUCCACUUGCCACAAUACUCUCUCCAUUUCAGCAGCAUAAGCGGUGAAUUAACAUGGAUUGCGCGUACAAGAAUCCCAAUGAACCCAUUGAAGCUCGCGUCAAAGACCUUCUUUCCCGAAUGACUCUCAAGGAGAAGAUUGGUCAGAUGACCCAAAUCGAGCGUCGCGUUGCAACCCCUUCGGCCAUUAGAGACCUGUCUAUUGGGAGUAUCCUCAGUGCUGGAGGUAGUGCACCUUUUGAAAAUGCACUGUCGUCGGACUGGGCUGAUAUGGUGGAUGGGUUUCAAAAGUCAGCUCUUGAGUCCCGAUUAGGCAUACCGCUUAUAUAUGGGAUCGACGCUGUUCAUGGUAAUAAUAGUGUAUAUGGUGCCACCAUACAUCCUCACAAUGUGGGCCUCGGAGCUACUAGAGACGCAGAUUUAGCUCAAAGUAUUGGGGCUGCAACAGCGCUUGAAGUUAGAGCAAGUGGAAUUCACUAUUCUUUUGCUCCUUGUGUUGCAGUGUGCAAAGAUCCCAGGUGGGGAAGAUGCUAUGAGAGUUACAGUGAAGAUACUGAGAUAGUCAGAAAGAUGACCUCCAUAGUUUCAGGCUUGCAGGGCCAGCCUCCACAAGGACAUCAACAUGGUUAUCCAUUUGUUGCUGGAAGGAACAAGGUUAUCGCCUGUGCCAAGCACUUUGUUGGAGAUGGAGGUACUGAGAAAGGCAAAAAUGAAGGAAAUGCAGUAUUAUCGUAUGAAGAGUUAGAAAGGGUUCACAUGGCUCCUUAUUUGGACUGCAUUUCACAAGGGGUUUCAACCAUUAUGGUUUCUUAUUCCAGUUGGAAUGGACGCAAUCUCCAUUCUGAUCAUUUCCUUGUUACUAAAAUUUUGAAAGAAAAGCUGGGUUUUAAGGGUUUUGUAAUUUCUGACUGGGAGGGACUAGAACGGCUUUGGUCAGAUUUUCCAAACAGUGCCCCUUGUGGGUCAGAUUACCGAAACUGCAUCUUGUCAGCUGUUAAUGCUGGAAUUGACAUGGUGAUGGUGCCUUUUAGAUUCCAGCUUUUUAUGGAUUUGUUGACCUCCUUAGUAGAAUCAGGGGAAGUACCACUAGCCAGAAUUGAUGAUGCUGUUGAGAGAAUAUUGAGAGUGAAAUUCGCUGCUGGUCUUUUUGAGUCCCCUUUGUCUGACAGAUCUUUGCUUGAUAUUGUUGGUUGCAAGCAACAUAGAGAUCUUGCACGGGAAGCAGUUCGAAAGUCCCUGGUUCUGUUGAAAAAUGGAAAGGAUCAAAGCAAAUCUUUUCUUCCUUUAAAUAGAAAAGCCAAGAGAAUUCUUGUAGCUGGAACCCAUGCAGAUGAUCUCGGGUUUCAAUGUGGAGGCUGGACUAAAACAUGGUUUGGAUUGAGUGGGCGGAUCACAAUUGGUACAACGAUCUUGGAUGCCAUAAAGGAAGCUGUAGGAGAUGAAACAGAAAUUAUUUAUGAGCAGAAUCCAUCAAAAGAAACCCUAGAGCGCAAUGACAUAUCUUUUGCCAUCGUUGCUGUUGGUGAAGCUCCCUAUGCUGAGACACUGGGAGACAAUUCUGAGCUUGUAAUCCCCUUAAAUGGGCCUGACAUUAUUAGUUCAGUUGCCGACAAAUUCGCGACACUGGUUAUUCUGAUCUCUGGAAGGCCCUUGGUGUUGGAGCCAUGGCUGUUAGGAAAGAUUGAUGCUCUUGUUGCUGCUUGGUUACCUGGUAGUGAAGCUCAGGGAAUCACAGACGUUAUCUUUGGGGAUCAUGACUUCAAGGGUCAGCUUCCUGUGACUUGGUUUAGGAGAGUUAAGGAUCUUGAUCAACCAGCUGAUGGAGUUAAAAUGCAAGAUCCCUUAUUUCCCCUUGGCUUUGGGUUGGCAUAUACGAAGGACUAAAACCGCAUUUUGGUCACAGUGGAUCUUCUGCAAUCAUACAAUUAUGCAUUCCUGAGGAGAGACGCAAAGAAGCAAGACUAUGUAAGGGAUAUAAUUUCUUCAUUUAUUAUUUUGGUUGCAGGAGACGGGAAUUGCAUUGCAACGUUGAGACGUUGUUUGAUAUAAUUAUAAUAUUAAAGGGAGAAGGUCGGAACAAAAUUAUACUGUUGGCACCAAAGUGAUGCAGAGUAACAUUGAAGAAGCCGAUUGAUGUUGAAAUAAUCAUCUUGAGGAUGUAACAAGCUUAUAAGACAGCAAUAGAAUCAAUAUAGAUAGUGUAUGCGUUCUCUA